AUGAUGAUGGAUAAAGAUGAAGAUGAAUAUGCCGAGGCAUUGAAUUGCUGCCCAGACACUUUAGAAAAUUAUGCAAAACAUGUCUGUUUCAGUGAUCCUAAAGUGUUUUUCUCCAUUGAUGCCAGUGGAACAUUACUGGGAAUCAGACCAGGCUUGUUUUUACCAAGUUUGAUUGCUGAUGAUUUAUUAUUGCAUCAUGCUUUACGUGGUAAAGUUGAUGACAGAUUCUUGAAUCUCAUCAGGAGCUCCUCUGUUGCCUUUAGACAUGUUUCCCUCCAUGGAUGUAAUUCUAUAUCGGAUUUGGGUUUGCAUAGUCUACCAAUCGAUGGCCUACAAUCUCUCAAUGUUUCAGACUGUUGCAGUAUCACCUUCAAGUCUGUUGAGUUUUUUUCGCAAUGCAAAGAUACUCUGACAUUAUUGAAUGCAGCUAACUGCAAAGACAUUAUUGAUAUAAAACUGUUGAAGAACUUUCCGUUUAAUAAACUCUCAAAUCUGAAUUUCAACUCUGUGCAACUUAUUAAUUUUGACACUGACCUGGUAGAAUCAUUUUUCAGACAGUUGCCAAGUCUGACAGAUCUAGAUAUUUCGAAUCAGGAUCCAAUUGAUUCACGAAAGUCUCUAGGAUUUCUGCAGCCAUUGGUUACACAGCUUCGCGUACUAAUACUCUAUAAUUGCAGACCAAGCCUGAUCAACAGAGAAUGGAGUUUGAUAUGCAGGAUGACCAAACUCCGGCAUCUAGAUAUUUCCCAGGAGCCACCUGGUAAGAGGGUCAGCCAACCCCGAUUUUACACUAACAUGAUCAAUCCUCCAAUGUUGUCCAAACUGAUUGAGUCUGCACCAUUCCUUGCUUCCCUUGAUAUUUCAAGAUACAACCUUGGUUCCUGGCAUGCAAAACCAAGACCGGCAGAUGGUGAAGUAUACAUGAACAGCUCAGUGCCAGGAUUAGAAUGUCUGAAGAGACCCCUGGAAUUUCUGGGAAUCUGGAUGACUAGAUGGAAUAAUAAUCUUGUUGGACUUGCGAACCAAUCAAUUCCUGCUAACAAAAUUGCUGGCGGUGUUAGCAAAGAUGCUCUUCUCACAGCUCUUGAAGUUUACACAGAGAGACACAGGCGUUUCUUGAAAAUCUUGUGUCUCUUCCAGAAACAUCCCUCUUUGACUGAUACAUCUGGGAAAGUGAUGCGCGUGAUCUUGAGUGUUCUGAAAGCCAUGUCGUUUCAUUGUGAUAAUAGUGAUCUGCAAAUACACUGUCUUGAAAUGCUUUGUCAGAUGAUUUCAAAGUAUAUACAUUGCACUGGUCAAUUAGCUUUUCCAACAGGAAAGAUAUAUCGGCAGAUUAUAUUUGCAAUUCUGUGUACCUCCGAGCGCACUCACUGCGGUCAGUCCGUGAAUGACUACAUCUGUGAAGUUCUCCGUUUGAUUAAACCAUGGAGGAACGAAUACGAGUAUGUCUCCAUCUUUAAUAUGCUUCUACAACUAGCAUCACAAACCUUUAUUGAUGAUGUUGUCCUGCCGCUGAUGCUGCUCCAUGAGAUUAUAACAGAAUCUUCAGUGGUACAAAAGAUAUUGCUGGUUCAAAAUAAUGCUAUUGAGUCUCUUCUCUCAAUGAUGCAUGCUAGCACUAUACCUGAUGAGAUUGGUGUACCUCCUGUGAUGGGAAUAAGUAAUGAGAUGUUGCGAACUUCGUGGGAAAUUUUGUAUCUGUUGGCCAGUGUCCCUGGAGGAGUGGCACGUUUUGCAUCUGCAGGGGGAGAUGUAUUGUUCUCGGAGUAUUUCUCCCAGAUACCUGGAUGCCAAGCAAUAGAAACACAGCAAAUCAAUGUCGAUUUCAUUUAG